UGGUAGGCCCCCCGCUUAAACCUGUUAUUCGGGCAUCGCCUCAAUAAAUAUACAGACAGUGCGAAACAGUAUUCGUUCGUUACCUGUCGUCACGUUAAUAUUAUAUUACCUUGAUAUAAUAAAAUGCUGAAGAAGUUGUAAACCAGACGAGAUAUAGUGAUAAGGAUUGAUACUUUGUACCGACUGGAAAUAUAUAGUACCACAUAUAAACGCAGAUUUCCAAGAAAUUUAUCAUGUAACGUUCAUAUUUUAUACUGUUUGCAUAGUUGAUACAAAAUGGCACAGAAACAAGAGACAGAAACGCCGGCGGAAUUCGAAGAAGUGUUAAAUCGUGAAGUGGGACAAUUUGGCAGAUUUCAACUGAUAAAUUUACUUUUGCUUGCGUUACCGGCGAUUUCUUCCGGUUUCCUCGCUGGUGAUUACAAUUUCACCGCAGUCAUGUCAUGUGGAAAACGUCCUCUCGUAAAAAAUUGGGACAAACCCAAAAACUUAAGAAAGAUAACUUCAUCAAAAUAUGAACAAAAUGAGGCCUCAGUAAAAAUUCAUUGGAAGAAUGUUAUUCGCAAUUUGGAACUAUCCUAUAAGGACGAAACGUUCUGGGACUCACAUUAUCAAGAUGUACGAGCAUUGGUGGGACCUGUUAUAUUCAAGAGAAUUACGAAGGUAUUUGAAUUACCGAGGGACGAUAAGGUGUAUAUUACCAAAUCGGAAACAUCCACGCCUCAAGCCUCAGAAUUGUUUUACGAAGCAACAACAGCCGCUGCUGCACAGAGUCGCAUGCAAACAACAUUCUCGACUACAGAUUUCGAUGAUUCAAUGUAUGAUGAUGUUGAAGAAGAGGAAGGUAUAGAAGAGCAAUCAAUUUGGAGCGAAUCCACACAAUCGGCCGACUUGAGGAGGUCAUCGCGGUCCAAGUCAAUGACACGCUCCAAGUCUAUGAGUACGACUAGAGCGCGGAAGUCGAUGUCCAAAUCGUUCUCUCGGCUUAUGUCCAAAAAUGUGGUGAGAUCAAUGUCAAGACAGUCUAGGGCAAGGUCCGAAAUGUCGAUGGCUGAUGAUGAUUCACCGGCGAAUACUUUAGACGAUUUAAUUGUACACGCCAAGUCGAAAGCGGAAAGAAAAACUCCAUAUCGAAAGAUAGUGAGAAAUCCGCACUUUGAUAUGCUUUACUGUUCUAAGUCGGAAACAGAUAUGAUUAAGUGGAACUCAAAAUACAAACAGAAAGGCUUUGAGGUUUCCGCCUCAGACGAGUUUAGUAAGAAAGCGGAGAUAUUAACUAAAAAGAUCGCAAAAGAAUUCUACGAAUGGUGGGUUGGUUUGGGAAAUGUGGAGUUCAAGAGUGAAAUUAAACGCCCCGAAGAUAUUGAAGACUUAUUUCAAGUUUGGUUCGACGAACACGCUUCAAGAGGGCUUGUUCUUGAUCCGAGGAUUUUCCCAUGCGUGUUGCAAAGCGUUGCCGACUAUGUUGGAGCUAAAAAGGCUGGGUGUCCCAGUGUACUAAAACGUCAAAUAGCCCACGACAUCCAUGCUGAGACGAGUCCUGCGCACACGCUUGCGUUUGGUACCUGCCUACCCCAGAAGUACAAACAUAUCCCGCCAAAGAAUAACACCAAGGAGAUGUGGCAUUCUGUUAAGAUACCAGAGGAUCUGAAGUCUAUGGCCGCUGUAUGGGAUGAUGUACAGCACCUAACAUCAACAAAGACAUUCCACCAGUGGCUUCAAAAGCGUCCGCAUCUGCCGAUGCCGCCAUUCUUCAAGUCCCUUGAGAAGCCAGGAGAAAAGAAACUGCCCUUCGUGGUACCAUCUGAUUUCGUCGUUCGAGAUAGGGCCUCCUCCAUGUCAGCACAGGAAUUGGCUUUACCAGUGUCUCAGUUUGACUUGGAGCUUAAAGAUGUUUUAAGUAAACUAAUGAACGAAUGAAUCGCAAACGAACGAACUAAACAUUUUUGUAUUGAAAACUCUUGUAUUUGUAUAGUAUGCAAUACAUGUAGUACAAUACAGUUAUCCUCGAAUGUAGAAACGGGAUUUAAUUCCUCCGAUAACGCGGUAAACUCGGAC